AUGGAGUAUUUUUACAGCACAAACGCGGCGGAGCUCACGCCGUUGAAGAUAGAGCUUGUCGACUUGGUGUCUUCGUGUCUGAUGAAGGAACCUCCUUUUGAGGAAACAGUGCCCGGGCAGCCUCCACAAACCGCAGCACCUACCGCGCGCUCCACGACGGUGGGUGAUGCAGCGGUAGGUGUGGCUCUGGCGCCACCCCCGAGGCGAUCAAACGACAGUGCGUCGACAGUGGCACAGAUGCGCGAGUUGGUUCACCUCAUUUCUCGCCAAGACGGCGAGUUCGUGUUGAAGUUGGCCCUCUACGCUCGUCACGAGCUACACCUGCGUCGCUCGCCGAGCUUCCUCGCCGCGCUCUGUACCCGAGAGCCGAACUGCAUUCCAUUUCUGAAGCCGUACAUGGAGAGAAUUAUCGUGCUACCGUCUGACUGGUUGGCGGUGGCUAACUUUGCGUACUUCUAUGACUGCGACGCCGCUCACGACUACGCUGGGACGCUGAUGUACCCAGCGAAGACAAAGCGCGAUGCUCACACAAACAAGUCCGCUGCCCCAAAUGCUCAUAAGCGCUCCUCGACUGCCAUCGCUGCCGAUCGUCUGCAGUGCUGCAGCCCCAACCGCUCCCCAAGCUCGACUGACAAGUGCAGUCCUGCACCUUCAGCUGUCGAGGCGUGCAGCGGCAGUGAAAGCCUCCCAGGGACCAACCCAUUAGCGAGCAGGACAAGGACAAAAGCCAAGGGCGGCCACCACCAAGGCUCGGCGCCCCGCAGCCCGACCCACUCCUACAUCCCCGCGGCGCUGCGCAGUGCCCUCGUGGGCACCUUCACGAAGUUCUCCAUCUUUUCCAUAGCUAAGUACGACAACGAAGCGGCAGAGCACCGCGCCAAGCGACGCCAGGUCAGGCGUGCUCAAGCAGCCGCGGCAGCGUCGAACACCAGCGACUCAGAUGGGUCGAGUGCUGCAGACAACCGGCUUGCCGCACCGUCACGCCGAGCCCGCCCACGGACGUUUACCUUUAAGCAGCUCAUACGCAUGCUGCACAUCACCGAGCCAGCGUACAUUGUGUGCUGCCUCCUGGGCAAGCGCUAUCCGACCAACGAGGAUGACUUCCGACGCAUGAAGCUACAUCUCACUGAUCCGACGUGGAAGCCGGCGUCGCUGAAGACACGUGUCGCAUCCUCGGCAAAAGGUGGGCACUCCUCGAAGGACACGGACGGCCGUGCUGUCAUAAGCAAUAGCGGCGGUGAUGUCCAGGAAGAGGAUGAAAGUCACCAGGAAAAGGCGGAGUUACCGUUUUGCGUCUUCGAUGCUCGCCGCGCCGGACAGCGGAUGCGUCUUCCCGUGCCAGAGACGUGGGAAACUCAGCUGUCCAAGGAGGGCAACACCGGCCGUGUCUGGGACGAGCUGAUCUCCUCCAACGCCGUGCCGUACAUGGCCCUUUUGCGCAACCUGCGAAACAUCCUCACACGUCUCUGCUCCGCCAAGACUCACAAGCGCGUACUGGAAAAGCUAGUAGAUGAGCAGCAAGUAGCCGCUAGUCAGCAGCUGCCCUAUCGCUUCUACAGCGCUUAUCUGGCUGUGCAGCAGAUCGGCAAAUCGCUGGCAUUUCUCGAUACGCUGCGUACCAUGCCGUGGGGGGAACGCCCCACAAAAGAGAAAGCGGUUUUCGCGAGGAGCCGUGGUGGCCGCGGACGAAGCCGCGCCACCGUUGAAUCGGAGUCUGCUGCCGGAGUCGUUAGCAAGGCAGUAGUAGAGGCAGCCAAGAGCUUUGAGCGCCCAAUGGUGCCGCGACCGUAUCUACGACGGUACUUGGCUCAGUACUGCGCUGCACUCGACUCCGCCAUCAACACAUCGGCACGGCUGAAUGUGAUUCCAGCGAAAGGGACGUCUAUCGUUAUUAUCUGCGUCACAUCCGCUUUGUUCGAGCCCAUGUCUGCGAUGGGUGCGGCCGCUGCCACACCGACGUCGAUCCAACGCAAGGUGGAUGUCACAGCAUUACUAGUGGCCAUGCUCAUGCGCAGCUGCGAGCAGUGUGUCGUGCUAAUCUACUGUUACGACGAGUACGUUGUAUUUCGAGAGAACGACCUGGAUGAGAAGACAAUGUCGAAAGGGACAUAUGACGAUGACGGUGACAGCCACAGCAGCUGGGGCAGUGAAAGCAGCAGCAACAACACGGAUGAAGCCACUGCAGGCGAGGAUGACCUCCACGCCAUGUCGAACCCGCUCCAAAGGCCGAGCGCCACAGCCUCACAAGAAGCUGCACCAGGGCUGAUGCGACUCGUUGACACUCUAACCGCACGCUGCUCCUCGCUACUGGAGCGGAAGCGGGAGGAAGUCGGGGUCGAGUGCGUCGCGACUUCCUUCGCCAUGUUCGCAGCUGCGGCAGGUGCGCAGUUUCCGUAUGCAUUCUUUGAUGAAGUGAUCGAGUGCAACAUGCGAGUUGAGUCCUUGCUUGUAUUCGACGAGGGGGUUCAUCGCACCUAUGCCAACAUGAACCGCAACGCCCCUGCGUUUGGUGAUCUCCCGACAUAUCUGUCACGGCUGCGGCGCACGUCCAGCCCCGACUUGGUGUAUGUCGGCGUAAACUUGAAAGCCUCGAACCCCCCCACUGCGAAGAGGGUCUCCCAGAUGCUAGGAACUGCGGUCGCUCCGGUUACAGCAUCAGCUGCGAGUUCUCCAGUGCCGGGGAGCGGUGCCGCAGUAGCCUUGGAGAAAGAAGCGGUGAAGCUUCGUUUUAGCCACCACAACGAUGUCCUUCUCACCGGAUUUAGCGACUCGAUAUUGCGCCUCGUAGCGGUGCGGACAGGCGGCGGAUCACUCACAACGAUCGAGCGAGCAGCAGAGACCUACCACGUGUCGCUCCUCUCUUCACGCGCAAGUCAAGCGACCUGGGCGGAGCGCUCUAAGGUGCUGAAGGUGCUGGCGGCGCUAAGAGGGGGCCAGCAGUCGCACAUCGGUGGCGGGGACGGCUCACCCGAAACGUCGCCCGCUCUGGGUCCGCUCAGCUUCAAGAGCUGUGUCGAUCCCCUCACACAGUCCGGCACCACCACAGCUACUCACAGGCAAGGUUUCUCGUUCCCAAGCUCAAAGACUUCAUUGGUGUCGCAAACAAUGACCGUGCCUGCGGUGGUGCUACCCUCCUUCGACGCUGAUGGAAAGGCAAUCUCCGCAACUGGGUGGGACUGGAAUCGUAGCUCACUUGGCAGUGAUCGGCGGCUGCAGUGGCUGGCGAGUAGCACCGCUGGCCUGUCUACCAUGUCCUCGGCCUCCGCAGCGUCGUCGGCAUACGAUGCGGAGGCGCCAGCAAAGGGCCCCAUAGCACUGCCAAGUAUACGUCGACUACUCGCCAAGCCAUCAUUCGCUGAAUCUGAAGUGACAGUGGCAAUGGCCAGCGUCAGUGGCACGGAUAGCAGCCCCGGCGCGGCGGUAGGGGCAGUGCGUCACCGGAAUGCCAGUGAUGCCCGAGAGAGCGAGCCAGCAUGGCUGGGCGCUGAGGGCAAAAAUGUGUUGCCUGUCUUUCACCCUCAGCCGGGCAUUUCGAUUGUAAAGCUCCUCUCCAGGUCGUCGAGCUCGCGCGGCGAUGGCGCCGCGAAGACGGCUGGCGUCGAUGCAGCAUCGGACUCUGGCUCUGCGCGCACCGAUCGUUGCAAUCAAAAAAGGGCCGGUGACGCACGGCUGCACGCGCAAGCUUCGCAGCGCCAACAGACAGAAUCGACAGUCUCCGCCACUGCAGGCGUUGCUGAUGCUGCUGCUACGACGACCGUCACACAAGUCAAAGCGAGCGAAAGAUCGGCAACGCGGCGGCGCCGGCUGGAUCAGGCAAGCCAACCGCCGCCGCCUGCCGCGUCAGAGGUAGUUCGCCGCCUCCUCACUUCCUACCGUGUGUGCCGCUUCUUCAUCUCUAGCACAUUUCUCGAUAUGAACAACGAGCGCAACGCCCUCACACUCGACAUCUUUCCGCGGCUGCGACGGUGGGCUGCCGAGGCGGGGCUGAAGGUGACCUUGCUGGAGGUGGAUCUGCGUUGGGGCAUUCCUGCACUGGCGACAAGUCGAAACCUCUCCACCUCCGUGUGCCUGAACGAGGUAUCGCGGUGCAGCCCAUUUUUCUUUGGCAUGAUCGGUGCGCGCUACGGCUCCUGCCCACCGACGCCACUUCAGCUAGUAAUCGACGAAGACGUGGAUACAGAGGACUACGCCUGGAUGCAGGAGCUGUCGGACCCACACGUCUCCGUGACGGAGCUUGAGAUGCGCCAUGCCGUGUACAACGCGAAGCGUCGCCUCGGCAACGACGAGGCCCCGUCAUCGGCGCUCUUCUUCGCUCGUGAUUCGCCGCACCUCCUCUCCACGUUUGGUCCAACGGAGUCUGCAUGCCGCGCUGUCUAUGAGGCAGACUCACCCAGCGCUGCCGAGGCAAUCGCACGCCUCAAGCAGCGGAUCACAGAGAGCGGAUGCAAACUUGUUUCUUACCAGGCUGAGUACAUUGGCUCAGCCAAAGCACUCCUGCCAGGCGCAAUUGGGUGUAGCAGCGGAGGCGCACCACUCCUCGCUGGAGGUGCCAACCGAUCUACUACGAUGCGCAGCGGCGCGCGGGAGAUGAUGGAAGAUGACCUCGGUCGGUGGGUGGUGCAAAGCCGCCACGGCUUUGGUGGCAGCGCUGGACAAGCCGCUUUCUCUACGAGUGGAAGCUCCGGUGUCGACAGUGGUGACGCGAGCAAGGCAAGUUCUCUCUGGUCGUUCGUCAAGGCCCGCAUCACUGAGUCGGAGGAAUCGAAGAGGUUGACGUCGAUGGACGCACCGAUUGAUAUGACGGACUUCUCUAACAAAGCGUUUCACGCGUUGCAAGAGGUCAUCUGCCGCGUGUGCGGGGUGUGUUCAGCGCCGGACGAAGACGCGACGGAAAACCAGCAACGACACGCUGACGGGCGUGCGGCAGAUGCUCAUGAGCCAGAGAAAAAUGCAGGGACGCAUGAGCGUGCGAGGAUUGCAAUACCGUUAACAGCAGCGACUAGUGAGGCAAUAGCUACCGAGGUACCUGACAUGUACGAGAUACUUAUAGUGGCCCAGAGCGAGUUUGCGCGCAAGCUGAGUAACUUGUAUGCCGCUCCAGGUGGACUCUUGGAGCAGCUCUCGAACUUCGUGUUGAACGGCACCCUUGGCGUUGCGGACGACAGCGACACUCCGAGCGAGGCCCGCGCGGAGAGGCAGAAGGGUGUCGCAGCGCACGACACCAAACACCAUGACUACGUGACGCUGUCCCCCUUAUCCGAGGGCGCUUAUGACAGUCGUCCAGUCCGAGGCGCCUCCUCGCUACCGCCGCCCCCGCAGCCCCUCGUCAUGCACGCAGCUGCGCGAGGAGGCGGCACGAGCUCCAUCCUACUCUUGGAAGGCUGCGACGGGGACGGGAAGUCGUCAGCGCUGGCGGCGUUAACGGUGCUCGUUCUCGAGCCGAUGCACAAGUCAUCCGUUCCUGAAACAACUCCGCGCUUCCUAUUUUACUCUACCCAGGCAGAGGACGACUCAGUGCGUGGCCUGCUCUUCUUCCUGGCCAAGUCUCUCCGGGUCUUCUUCCAGCUAUACGGCGAAGUCUCGGUGCGUGACACGGACUCGGUCGAUGAACUCCUCCUUGUGCUGGAUCAGGUAUACUCCGCAAUUCAUCACCGCUUCGAGACAUCCCGCAAUGGCGCCGGCAAGGCUAUCGCCGCACAAGGAGAACGGAGCUCGAAUGGCGAUCGGAGCGCCACUGGUCAACCAACGGCAGGAGCGAGUCAGGUAGCUCUUGUUGUGAUCCUGGACGGACUCGACAAGUCCUCCGAGGCUGCGGAGCUGGUCAGUCUUCUGGGAACAAUUUUGCACCCGCUGGCCACGCAGCACAUCCGUUUUGUGGUGUCAGCGUCCCCGCAGUCGUCGGUGGCCCGCGCACUGCGCAUGCGUACCCCACCAAUCCGCGUACUUGCAGUGCCCACUUUGAGUGAGGGCGAACGCGCCGAGCUGGUACGGCUGCAUCUAGCCAACUAUGGCAAAUUUUUGGAGGAGUCUUUUACGGCAGACGAGCUGAAGAAUCUACUGCGCAAGAGCGACGCCGGUCGUCCCAGCUACCUUAUCUCUGCGAUCACGCACCUUCGCCUUUUCAGCACCUUCGACACGCUUCGCGAGGACAUCCGCUCACUCCCGGCGUCGCGCGCAGCCCUACACAAGCAGCUCUUCCACCACCUGCAGUCCCGCUUCGAUCCCACCACGUGCCGCGUCGUGCUCAGCAUUCUGCUACUACGUCAGCCCGCUGGUGGUGUCUUGGAGUUCAACCUUUACCGCCUCGUGUCGGAUGUCGCCACGGCGUCGCGGCUGGUGACGCUACUGCGCGGCAUUUGCCUUGACUCCCAUCACGCACGGUUGUUCAUCAAGUCGUCCACCUUCGUCGACGCCAUCGCACGCACGUUUUUCCGCUUUGCCUCCGAUUACCAGAGCGCGCAGGAACGCGUUCUCCUGGCGGAGCUGCGCUACCAGCCCAUCGACGUCUCCCUCGAGGAGCAGGAGGUGAAAGUUGGCCUGCGACAAGUCACGGAGUCGAUCCACCGCAGCUCGGCUGACCCACUCACGCCGCGCACAUUUGUGCCGGAGCGUUACGCGCCUCGGGAACUGCUCGGGAUGCUGCAAGGGUCAGUGCAGGCGUGCCGGCUUGACGUGACGGCCGCAUUGGUGUGCCACCUGCCGUUUCUAGAAUGCCUACUCGUGAACCGCCGCAUGCUAUCACAACUACUCGGGCUGCUCUCUUCCGUCGUCAGUGCAACGACGUCCGCGUCGUCCUUAGUGCUUGACACAUCGGCUGUUACGGGGGUAACACAGUCAGAGGACGAGGAAAGCACAGAGGACAGCUGUAACGCCCGCCCGCUCGCAAGCUACAGUGCUCUGGCGCUUCGGUGGCGACAAUACCGAAGUGAGGUUCGGCGUCUCGGUGGCGUGCUGGACAUUUUGCAGCGGAACUACCACGUGCUGUUACGUCAACCUGCGCUGCUGCGUCAGUGCGUGUGGAACACGGUCGGGCCGGCAAUGUGCAUCAGCACCUACGAUGCGACCUCGACCGCGUGCCUGCAGGCAGCGUUGCAGGCAAUGACAGCCAGUAGCGACACCACCUCGAACAAUGUGCAUGCGCGCCUGCAAGGUGAACUUCAGCGACCCCAAGGUACCUCGGCACCCAUCUCUGCUGCGCCGUCUCUUAACACGCCCAUCUCCAUGCUCUCCACAAUGUGGGUUCACUGGCUGAAUGCACGACAGCACGGCGGUGAGGAUCGCGUGAUGCUCACCACUGCUUCCCCGAAGCCGAUACGGUGCAUGGCGAUGAGCCCGGAUGGGAUGGAGGUGGCUCUUGGUGAUGAUGAAGGCGUUCUGCGCCGCGUAUCAGCGAACGAGGACGAGCCACAGCAGCUGCACCGCUCACAACUGGCACUGACAGAGACCGAGAGCGUAGGCGGAGCAGGCGGCGUGAGACGGCGUCGUGUGGCAUCGGCGCUUCGGCACGAGUCCGCUGUCACCGCUGUGCAGUACGUGGCCCCCUGCAGUGCUGGCGGUUCCACAGCAGGCACCAAGUGCACCGGCGUGCCAGUUAACCUGUCCACGUCUACUGGCACGGCGCAGCUGCUUGUGUCGGGGUGUGCCCGCGGCCUCUUGUACGUGUGGAGUCUUGAGGAUAACUCCCUGUUGCAACGCGGUACUGGCCACCUGCGCGCCGUUAGCGGGCUUGUGUGCCAUCCGCUGGAACCAGCAGUGCUGUGCUCUUGCAGCCACGACUCUUUCAUCAUGCUCUGGGGCGUCGGCAGUGCAGGGGCCGCGUCGAGGCUGUGCAGCGAGAUCCAAGCCGCGCUGGUCCUGCGCAUGCCUAAGCACCCGGCCGGCUCUGCCGAGCGGAUUCAGCAGGAGCGGCUGCAGCAAAGGGCAAGGGGGAAUGUCAACGGCCAGCCACGUGUUAGGGGUGGUGGCACCGAAUCUGCUGCGGUGCGGCACCGCGCACACGCCCUGACCGCCGGCACCGGCGGUAAGCAGACGCCCUUCCAAGCGUCGCUCACGCCUUUCCACACGGAGCGGCAGCACCACACCCCUGUUGAGGCCGUCGCCUUUCACCGCUCUGGCGACAUCUUCGCCAGCGGCAGCUGGGACGGUGUACUCGUACUGCACAACACCCGUGAACUGUGCACACCAUCGCCACUGAUUACACCAGAGAUGAAGGUGUCAUUUGACUCAUCCAAGCCGACCCGCGUCACGAGUCGGCGUUCACGCCACGCCGAGCUGGUCUGGCGCACCCGGCACGGUCCAGAGCGUCGGCAGGUUACGUUUCACUCGACGAGGCUUGCACUGGACUCAUCGGUGCGCGCGCUUUCCUUCUCCAACUCGCUCACCGUCACCUGUGUGGUGGGCUGUCAUAACGGCACGGUUGUGGUGGUCGAUCACGCCUCUGCUGCGGUGGUGGCGCGGUGGGCAUCGCUGCACGCCGCCCCUGUCACGCGGCUCACCGCGUCGUUGGAUGGCCGGUGCGUGGCCUCAGCCGACGAGCACGGCGUUGUGCGCUUAACAUACAUUGGCAUCACUGGAUCGGUCUUUGCCACCUUCAGCGGUCACCAUGGUGCUGUCACUGGCUUGUGCUUCCGUCCUCCGCGCACAGGCCAAGACGAGGACGUCGCUGGUGGGACUGAUCCUCUGCAAGCGCCUCCAACGGUGCUGCUUACCGCUGGAGAGGAUAGUACAUUGCAGGCAUGGAGAGUGGACAGCAGCGGCAGUAGAGGCUUCGGGACUAAGACAGCGAUGUCGAGGCGCCACCUGAUCACCGCACACUGCACAGCUAUAACGGCGGUGGCAUCGUCGUGCAACGGCCAACUGAUCGUCACCGGCUCUGCAGACGGUACCGCGGUUGUGUUUCGGGUGCCGGAAGAGGAUGACGAUGACGAUGUCACCUGUGGGGGGCCAGGUGGAGCUGCAGCUAGCAGGGACUGUGCCAGCUGCACCGCCACUUUGGAUCCAUCGAAAGCGUCAGGAAAGAGAAUGAGCCAAGCCUCCGCGACUGUGGCGGGAAACGCGCAGACAACACGUCCACUGAAGCCGGCUUUCAAGCUGAAGCACGACCACGGUCGUGUUACAUGCAUCCGUCUAGCACUGCAUGACACGCGGAUCGUCGUCGGCGUCGUAUUCGGACUUGUGUACGUGUGGUCAUCGUCUCCAGGGUUAAACCUGGUGGAGGGGCGCUUGCUACUCCGCAUUCGGGUGCCUGAGCAUGGUCUGUACCCUGUCAUCUCGCUGGGCGUGAUGGAGCGGAGUUGUGCGGUAGCGGUGGUUGGCGAUCGAGGUCAAGGCGUGGCCGGCACGGACAGAACUGCACAGCAAGCCCGGGGCGCGGAGACCGCGUUAACGCUCGCCACCGCUGCCACCGUCCUCAUGUCACCACCAACGGAAAAGGAAGAUGAGUGCAGCGCACUCGUGACAGCUGUGUGCGCCAACGGCGAUGUGGCCGUCUUUAAGCUGCUCGGCGACGCUGUCUCGCUCGUUAUGGCAGCGGACAAGGCACGCCGUCGACAACGCCAGCUGUGUCACCAGCGCCGUACCAGCUACAGCGCCACUAGCGUCCCUCAUGGCGCCUUCACACGCAACGGUAGUUUCAGCUGCUCAAGCAGCGCGGAAGCCUUGGAUUGUGUCACGACGGAGGUCGGCACAGUGGCGGCACCUCCGGCAAGCAAGAGCCUCGGCUGGAUCGAGAGCGGAAGGACCCAUGGUGAGGUGACGCCCCAUGCUGGCAGCACCGCCACAACCGCCAACUCAACGCCGCACACGGGAGAAGCAAACCCUGCACCAACGCAGGUGGGGUGGCGGCAACUCAGGCCACCCACAACUGACUGCGUUGCGUAUGACCGGAGUGGCGCCCCUCUAGCCGCGAGUGCGUCGCUCAUACCACAAGAGGUACCCCUCAUCAAGGCUUCUCGGCGCCCACGACAGAUGCUCGAUCGGCGCGCUCAGAAGCUGCAGCACCUGCUGUCUCGUUGUCGUGCAACAGAGGUAGAGCUGUGCAAGAGCUAUCACCUGCACCUGCAUCGGCAUCGACUGCGCUGGGCACAUGCUGCGGACGCAGAGGAAAUUACGAGCGUGGUUUGGCUCAGCUCACAAAGCCUGAAGCUUCCCCCCUCGGACAACGUAGCGGAUGAGGUCGAGGGAAAGCAAUACAGGCUUGCCCUCGUUGUGGCACAGCGACAGCUGUUCUUGCUCUUCGGCAAUGGACGUGAAAGCGCCUUGAGCAGGUGUCUCACUGUGCGCGUUCCGUCGCACCCCCCUGAUGGCGUCCCACCGCUGACGAGUUCCAUUGGAAUAAUGCCAGAAGAUGGAACCGCGGUUGGGGCGCAGGAGUGGGGCACCAGCGGCUAUGCGACGAGCGCGCAGAAUGACGCAGUGCCUCUAGAAGCCGCGGAGACCACUGCGGCAGAGGAGUUCGAGGUGGAUCUCAGCCACAUCCUUUGCGAAGACGAGUACUUCACGUCUGCUAGCUCAGCUGUCGAAGUUGCAGGUGUGGCACCGUCAACGGUGACGGCAGAGGUAAUACGUUGGUUUGCUGUCGCCGUCACCACCAGUCAUGGUGAAGUUCUCCUCCUUCGCCUGCAAGUGCCGCACGUUCAUGGAAAGCACACGGACCCUCUGGGCGUAUCGGCAACGCCUCUCACUGACGCUGGAGCGAGGCCACCAACUACCGUCAUGCAGCACCUAUGCACCUACAUCCUUCCCAACACCAGCAUUACACUUUGCCGGCGACUGAGCUUUACCCGCUCAGUCGCCGACCAAGCAGAAGAGGGAGACGACGUCGAGGCCAGAACCAGUGGUGCCGUACUUCACCGCAUGACGGCCUCCCCUCAUGCAACAAGCAUCGAACUGUGCGCACUGCCGCCUGCGCUGGGAGCGUCGCUUGACGCCAGCGCCACGUCACUUCCUUCGGGCGCCGCUGCAACAGCGGUGGAGAGAGUGGCGCUGCUCGCGGGCUGCACUGAUGGCUCGACGCGGGUGUGGCUAGCGGCAGUGCCCCCGCCAUCGCCACACUCUUGCUGCGCGUGUUCAGUGGAUGUCAAAAUGGCCGAAGCCCCUAAACAGCCAUACAUUACCCGCGCCAACUGGAUCCCAAUCGGUUGCUUUUUCUGCACCAGCAGCGUCUGCGUUGUCUCCGGCUUGCUGAACGGCAGCGGGCAACGCGCCAGUGGCAACGGAGUAUCAGCACCGGUACCCUCGCUGCGGUGGAUCGUGGGUGACACGCUCGGCAAUGUGUAUCAGCUCCAGCUGGAGCGAGACGCCCCUGGUGGUGUGGCCGCCCUGCUAGGCAACUCGCAUGGCAUGCUGAAUGUGGCCGCCAGCGGCACGAGGAACGGCAAUAGCGGCGACUCAGAGGUGUCACUGACUCAGUUCAAUGCAGAUGACGUCAGCGCCAAACCGUGGGUUCGUUCGCUUCAGAAGUCACUCGCCAUGAUGAGCCACACCUCACCGGCCUCAGUGGUGCAAGCAAUGCUGACGUCCAGUGCCCGCAGUUAUGCGGAUGAGAGCUUUCCGGCUGGUGUCGGCAUGGCAACAGAUGAGGCUGUCGGCACCCUGGCGUGGCCAGGAUGGGCGUCUCACUCGCCGGAGGACUGGAUAGCUCCGGUGGAUAUUUCGUCAUCGCUGCCAACACUGCUGAGACGCGCUGCGUCCUCGACAGGAAUGAGAGCGAAUGUAGCCUCCGAGUGGAAGAACACGGACGGCAAGCUGCGGGCGGCAACGCGGUCUCCUUCUGCCGGCGCCGCGGAUGGAACUCUUCGGAUCGGCGACGAAAGUCCUCAGCUCUCGACAGCCGCCCCUCUCCACUCCACUCGUGCGAACUUGCCGCCCGUGCAGUGUUUUUGCCUGCCUGAUCUGCCUCAGGUGCAGCGAGUAAGUACUACUGUCUUUCCUAGCACAACAAACAUCACCGCCGAGUGUGCAACUGAGCGCGGCUCUGGCGGACCUGCCCAUCUGACGUUGCUGAACGGCAUUAGUCUCUCCUCUCCACCGGCAGCGCUGCCAUCGUUCGCGACAGGACCACGCCCGAACUACGGCGUGUUGGAGCACCAAGGCGCCUCUAACGACGGAAGAGCGCUCUCGGUGGAGCAAACCUUUUCGAUGCCGCUGACUAGUCUCUUGACAGAUUAUCGCCGGCAGGGGGCAGGCGCGGACAGCGGCACUUCAGAAGCCUCGAGCUGCAAGGCAGCGGCGGUGAAGCUGUCAAGACGCGGCGAAACGAAUGCCACUGUGCACUUUGAGGUAUCAACCGCGCCGCCCGUAGUAUCGCCAGCACCGUCACUCAACCAGUCGCUACCACAAGACGACCGCCAGCAACACUGCAGCAACGACGACGAUGAGGAAGACUACUUUGCUGUCUUGUAUGAAACAAAGCCACCGAUAUCGCAGCUUCCGUACGCCGAUCGGCCCGAGGCAAGUCGUGCCUGGCUACUUCACCAGCAAGAGGUACUGAAGGAGGCGAUGCGUGUGCAGCAGUACAACAAGUUGGCACGACGAGCACUGGAGGCGUACCAGCUGCGCAUGGCCACCGCGGCGGGUCUGUGA